AUGUGUCAUGCAUUGCGAGCGGGAACGUCGUCUGUGAUGGCGGCCCGAGUGCGGUUGAAGAUGCGCCGCGACACCGGCGUGUCGCCGCUCACCGUUCUCGUCACCGUAAUCGUCGUUUCGAGCCUAGUGAGUGGGAUGUUCGAGCACCGUCACUGCGAUCACCAGCAUCCGCGGGCGCACGAGAUAAUUCACGGCGUGCACAUCGAGCCGGCUCACGAAGUGAAGAAACGUAGCAUCAAUCAGCCAGUUCGCAUUCUGUUAUCUUACGACGAGAGCGUCUUUAG